AUGUGGAACGACGAGGAUAAUAAUCCCUACGGGGCCUUUGAGAAUCACGAACCUCAUAUUUCGGACUCACUUCACUCCGCUGCUCUUUCUCCUCCCUUGUACGAGCAUGAUGAUGAGCACGAUUCUACUCCGCCCUCUAGCCGUGGGUCAAAUAACGACCCUCCUGAUUAUAUCACUCACUCUGAUGAUCUGAGUGACCCCGAGGAGGCCGAGUAUGGUGUUGAAAGCCAGGAAUAUCCCCGAAAGAAUGUUUACGACAGUCGCAUCGAGCAGAUCUUAUAUGAGAACCCAGAUAUGCAGAUCUUAAUUACUGAUGCCGGCAAGAACCAUGAAGGAGGGGGAAGCUUUAUUGUCUACACUAUCAGAACUGGGGACCUUGAAGUUCGCCGACGUUAUUCGGAAUUCGCAUCGCUGCGACAGACACUCGUCAACCUGCACCCUACUUUAAUUGUGCCCCCGAUUCCAGAGAAGCACAGCAUGGCAGACUACGCGGCCAAACCAACCAAGGCCAAAGAAGAUACCGCUAUUAUCGACCUUCGGAAACGUAUGCUGGCCGUAUUUCUAAAUCGGUGUCGCCAGAUGAAUGAAAUUCGUGAGGAUGGAGUAUGGUGGCGAUUCCUCGACCCUAAUGUUAGCUGGAACGAGGUCCUACACUCACAUCCCGCAUCAUCCGUGCCGAAGAACAAUCUUAAAGCUCCACCUCUCGAUCCAGCAAACCCAACCCAAGCUCAUGGCUGGCUACCCAUUCCCUCCUCGUCAGCGAAGCUGAAGUCUGGCGGUGGUGCAGUCACCUCCCCUGGGACUGCAGCAUCGCCCACAUCGCCAGGAGAUAAUACAGAAGGGCCACCAACACUGUAUCAAGCGUCUGAUUCUCUUGGGCGCUUCCCACCAGAAUCGCGUAAACUGAGCGAACAAGAGUUAGAUCCAUACUUUCUAAACUUUGAGGCUUCCACUCGGGAACUGGAACUGCUUUUGCAAGGAAACAUUGAAAAGGUGAAUCGCAGAACUUUGGCGCACCUGUCUUCUCUAUCCGCAGACUUGAUGGAGCUUGGAGCUCGCUACAACGGCUUCUCGCUUUCUGAACAGUCGCCAUCGGUAGCUGCGGCGAUUGAGCGCAUCGGUCAAGCAGCCGAUACUUCUUACAUUGAGACCGAGGAACUUUCCAACUCUUUGAGCUCAAGCUUUGCCGAACCUAUGCGGGAAAGCGCCCAGUUCGCUAGCGUAGUCCGAGGGGUACUACGUUACAGAGUCCUGAAGAGAGUGCAAGAGGAAAUGACCCGUGACGAGAUGGCAAAGAAAAAUGUGCUGCUGGAAUCCCUCGAGAAAAGUGAGCUGGAGGCCCAGCGCAUUGAGCAGUAUCUCAAUCGCACGGGUUCUUCCUCCCGAGGUACUAAGCCGCAGCGUUCCCUGUCCACUUCAUCAGCAGUCAGCAGGGAAAGUGGAAGCAUUGGGGAUUCUUCUAUAGAUUCAGAGUUCCCGCCUACUCACGGCGAGUCAAUUAACUCUCCGUCACCCUCUCAGAAUAUGGCAUACAGGCGACCAGAACCCACAUCUCCAGCACACCGAAAGACGUCCAGUGGAACUUUCGUGGCGAAUAAGAUUUUCGGUCGCAUAAGCCAUGCCGUCCACGGCUUUGUUGACGUAGAUCCUGAACGAACACGUCGGGAUCAGAUCGGAAAGACUAAAGAAAGUCUGAUUCAGCUCGAACAAGCAUUGGGAGUAUCAGAGAAGGAUGUCAAGGAUGCCAGCGCGGGCGUGUUGCAGGAUCUCCGACGUUUCCAGAAGGACAAAGAAGCCGAUCUCCGGCGAUACAUGGUUGCCUAUGCUCGCUGUCACUUGGAUUGGGCGCGGAAGAACUUGGAGACUUGGACCGAGGCCAAAGACGAGGUAGAUAAGAUCGUUGCCCGUUAG